UGGGGUUGGGGGAAGAAGAAGAAAGAUGCAGUCUUUGACAGCCUCAAGCCACCACCACCAUUCCUCCCCUCUCUCCUUCAGGACCAACUUCGCUUCUCGCACCCCUAAACGCACCCUUCAAUGCGGCUUUCUCCUUCCCUCCUUCUCCUCCUCCUCCUCCUAUUCUCCAAAACCUAAACCCCUCAAAUCCUCUUUCAAACCCCUCGUUCAAAACCUUUGUCUCCUCCUCCUCCGCCGCCACUCUGCUCUUCCACAUCCGCGCUCUCUCUAGAGAAUUCGGCGGUGGGGGUUCAGGCGGCUGGGGAUUCGGUGGAGGCGGCGGAGGGGACGGAGACGGUGGCGGUGGAAGGAUUUUCUGAAGGAGAUUUCUCUCUCCCGCAGUGGCCAAUGCUGAGGAGCCGCAGAACGAGGGAUGGGACUCACAUGGCCUUCCUGCCAACAUCGUCGUCCAGCUCAACAAGCUCUGCGGCUUCAAGAAGUACAAUGUCCCCGAGAUCCUCUUCUUCGAUAAGAGACGCUGGACCACCGUCGGCACCGAAGACUCCUUCUUCGAGAUGGUCUCCUUGAGGCCCGGUGGGAUCUACAACAAGGCUCAGCUCCAGAAAGAACUCGAGACCCUAGCAACCUGCGGGAUGUUCGAGAAAGUCGACAUGGAGGGGAAGACCAAUUCCGACGGCACCAUCGGCGUUACGAUAUCGUUCACGGAGAGGACGUGGCAGUCCGCGCCGAUAAGUUUCGUUGCAUCAAUGUCGGGUUAAUGCCGCAGUCGAAGCCGAUGGAAAUGGACGCUGAUAUGACCGAUAAGGAGAAGAUGGAGUACUACCGGUGCCUGGAGAAGGACUACAAGAGGAGGAUCGAGAGGGCAAAGCCAUGCCUAUUGCCUAUGCCAGUGCACAUAGAGAUUAUGCAAAUGCUGAGGGACCAGGGGAAGGUGAGCGCGAGGCUGUUGCAGAGGAUUCGGGACCUGGUCCAGAAGUGGUACUUCGACAAAGGGUAUGCGUGCGCGCAGGUGGUGAAUUUCGGGAAUUUGAAUACGAAGCAGGUGGUUUGUGAGGUGGUGGAAGGGGAUAUUACCCAGACGAAUAUCCAGUUCCUAGAUAAGCUCGGCAAUGUCAUUGAGGGGAACACGCAAGUUGCCGUGGUGAGAAGGGAAAUGCCCAAACAGCUUCGAUCAGGCGAAGUUUUUAACAUAGAGGCAGGGAAGCAAGCUCUGAGGAACAUAAACGCUCUAGGUUUGUUUUCCAACAUUGAGGUGAACCCCCGGCCUGAUGAGAAGAAGGAAGGAGGGAUCAUUGUUGAACUAAAGCUUGAGGAGCUAGAACAUAAGACCGCUGAAGUUCCUACUGAAUGGAGUAUUGUUCCUGGACGUGGAGGACGUCCCACUCUGGCAUCAUUGCAGCCUGGUGGGACUAUUACUUUUGAAAACCAGAAUAUCAACGGGUUAAAUAGAUCCAUUAAUGGUUCGGUGACUACCAGCAAUUUCUUGAAUCCUCAAGAUGAUCUUGCCUUCAAACUUGAGUAUGUGCAUCCUUAUUUGGAUGGCAUGUAUAGUCUACGCAACCAAACUCUGAGAGUAAGCUGCUUCAAUAGCAGGAAACUGAGUCCGGUCUUCACCCGUGGGCCAGGGGCGGAUGAAGUCCCCCCUAUAUGGGUUGAUCGAACUGGUGUCAAGGCUAAUAUUACAGAGAAUUUUACCCGUCGGAGCAAAUUCACUUAUGGUCUUGUAAUGGAAGAGAUAACAACACGUAAUGAAAGCAGCAAUAUCUGUCCAAAUGGUCAAAGAGUGUUGCCAAAUGGAGGAAUUAGUGCAGAUGGACCUCCAACAACCCUCAGCGGUACUGGCAUUGACCAAAUGGCAUUUUUACAGGCGAAUAUUACGCUUGAUAACACCAAGUUCUUAAAUGAAGCUAUAGUUGGUUCAAGGAAUGUAUUUCAGGUAGACCAAGGCCUAGGCAUCGGCAGCAAGUUUCCAUUUUUCAACCGCCACCAGCUAACAUUGACACGGUUUUUCCAGCUGAAGGAAGUGGAGGAAGGUGCUGGUGAACCACCACCACCUGUCCUUGUUCUUCAUGGUCACUAUGGUGGCUGAGUGGGGGACCUUCCAAGUUACGAUGCUUUUACCCUUGAAGGUCCCUAUUCUGUGAGGGGUUACAACAUGGGUGAGAUUUGUGCGGCCAGAAACAUUCUUGAGCUGGCAGCUGAGAUACGGAUUCCUGUAAAAGGUACACGUCUAUGCAUUUGCAGAACAUGGAAUGAUCUAGGAACUUCAAAGGAUGUCAAGUGGAACCCGACCGAGGUCUACAGGCGACUGGGUCAUGGGUCUUCCUAUGGUUUUGGCGCCAAGCUAGGUCUAGUACGAGCUGAGUUUGCCAUUGAUCAUAACUCCGGCACUGGCGCAUUCUUCUUCCUAUUUGGAGAGCGGUUCUGACUUCUUAGAUGCAAUUGGUUGCAUAUUUUAUAGAGUAUAUUCUAGUCUUUAGGUAUAGGCGUAGAACUUUUUAGUAGUUUGUCAAUUCGGAAAGGCAUUUUGGGAGGCGUGAAACCAACUAUAUUAUUGAGUUCGGGUGGAAAGCAUGUUUCUCCCAAAAUUGUAUAUU